UUUUUCCCAAAUCUCUCACCAAACGCAGAAGCGAAAUCUCCUAGAAAGCGAGACUCUUUCUCUCUUUCUCUUUCUUUUUUUUUCUCUCUCUCUCUGUUUUUUUGGUUUCGCGUAGUCAGCGAAAACAAAGAAACAAACAAAGUGUUGGAACACGAAACACGACCCCAAUAGAAGCAGAUCCUCACCUUGUUCAUUGUUUUCAAUUCAACUGAGAACACGACACCCACGAUGUUUCACGAGAGCAGCGUGACUCGGUGGCAGCCACAGCCGGUUCAGCCCACUGAGUGGACUCGCUACCACGACAAGCUCUUCGAGCGUGCUCUGCUCCUCGUGCCCGAGGACCUCCCCGACCGCUGGAACCAGAUCGCCGUCCACGUUCCGGGCAAAACGCCGGCGGAGGUCAGGGAACACUACGACGCGCUCGUCCACGACGUCUUCGAGAUUGACUCUGGCCGAGUCGAGGUCCCGAGUUACGUGGAUGACUUGGCGCCACCACAACUCAGUGGCGGUGCCGGGAAUUCUGCGUGGGACAGCGCUAAUCAGAUCUCAUUCGGGUCCAAACCCAAGCAGGGCGAGACCGAAAGGAAGAAAGGCACGCCUUGGACUGAAGAGGAACACAGGCUGUUUCUGAUCGGGCUGAGCAAAUUCGGAAAAGGAGAUUGGAGAAGCAUUUCAAGAAACGUUGUUGUGACAAGAACACCGACUCAAGUAGCCAGCCAUGCUCAAAAAUACUUUCUCCGUCAGAAUUCUGGGAAGAAGGAGAGGAAAAGAUCAAGCAUCCAUGACAUAACCACUGUGGAUAGUAACUCUCUGCCUGUGCCCAUUGACCAGAACUGGGUUCCUCCACCUGGUACUUCAAUGCAGCAGUCACAAGACAUGCUGUCGUACGCUUCCACCAGCAUGCAUGAUCAAAUGGGUCCAUUUGGGUAUUCCAACUAUGGCUUUGAAAUGUAAAGAGUGGCACUGUAUAGUGUUGUAGCUUUGAGUCGUAUCGUAUGUUUGUAAAGCUUCUAUGGUUUCGCUAGCUGACAAGGGUCAUUAGGAGUGUUGCUGUUGCUAAUUAUUGAAUAUUUUAGUGUAGGUUGUGUUCUUAGUACGUGUACCUUGGUGAAUCCUAUGAAUGAAGCAGUGAGGAUGAAAGGGUUACUAGUCAAUCUUUUAGGAUGAAUCCAAUAGUAAUGGAAAUUCUUUUCAUUUGCCAAAUUCAAUUACUGCUCUGCAAUUAGGAUUAAAGCAUAGAAUCAGCAAUCAAAGCCUGUUUUGAUGCUUGUUUCGACUUUAUGGUAAAAGUCUGUAAUCUUAUUAAAGGUAAUGAAAAAGCGUUGCAGAACUUUUAUCAAGCACAUAA